AUGUUUGAGGCUUGUGAUAUGCAGGAUAUCAGGACGAAAGGAAAUAGGUUUAGUUGGGUUGGACACACUAGAGAUGGUGUGGUUGAAUGCUGCCUGGAUCGUGUUAUAGCAAACAUUGAAUGGCGCCAAGCCUUUCCUGUUUCGGAAACAGAGUUCUUGGAUUUAGCAGAAUCAGAUCAUAGACCAUUGAUGGUCUCAAUUGAGUAUGAGAAUAGGGUGAAGAGAGGACAGUUUCGGUAUGACAAGAGAUUGGCUCAGGAUGAGGAUUUUGUUCACACGGUGGCACAUUUCUGGUCCAACACGAAUCAUAUUAAUCCUCAGUUUUCAUCAAAGUUGAAGUUAUGUCGCAGAGAAAUGGCUAAAUGGAAGCGAAGUCAUAGAUUUAAUGCAGCUGAAGACAUUCAAACCAUUCGAUGUCAGUUGGAUAUUGCACUCCGGGAUCCAAACAGAGCAGCUUGGGAAAUCAGGAAACUAAGAUCAGAUUUGAAUCAAGCUUUCCACAAUGAGGAGGUGUUUUGGAAAUUAAAAAGCAGAAACAAAUGGUUACAAGUUGGGGAUCGGAACACAGCUUAUUUUCAUGGUGUAACAAAGGCAAGAAAACAGAGAACUUGUAUCAAACAAGUAACAGACGAGGCUGGUAUAGUCCACACAAAAGAUGGGGCAAUUGCAAAGGUAGCAGAGGAAUAUUUUCAGCAAAUGUUUACGGCAUCGGAAACUUUAGAUAUCGAUGAUGUUAUUCCAGUAAUGGAUCAACGUGUCACUGCAGCAAUGAAUGAGUGUCUACUGAGACCAGUCAUUGAGAUGGAAAUAAAAGAAGCGGUUUUAUCUAUUGGAUCAGACAAAGCUCCCAGUCACGAUGGAUACACAGCUUCUUUUUACCAACGGUUUUGGGAGGAAAUACGUUCGGAUCUGUGUUUAAUGGUAAGAAAAUUCUUUGAAACAAGAAUUAUGGAACCAAAGGUCAACCACACUCAGCUAUGCCUAAUUCCAAAACCAGCAGGAGGAGACAAAAUUGCAGAUUAUCGACCGAUAAGCUUAUGUACAGUAAGUUACAAAGUCAUCUCUAAGCUUUUGGUUUCUCGCUUGCAAGGUAUAUUAGGAUCUCUCAUCUUGGAAUCACAAGCAGCUUUUGUGCCUGGUAGAAAUAUUUCUCAUAAUGUCUUAGUAGCUCAUGAAUUAAUGCAUGCUUUGAAAGCAAAACGUAAUUGUGCAGAGCAAUUCAUAGCUAUUAAAACAGACAUUAGUAAGGCUUAUGAUAGAGUGGAAUGGAACUUCUUGGAAGCAGUGAUGAAGAAAAUGGGAUUUGCAGAACAAUGGAUAACAUGGGUCAUGGCUUGUGUGCGCUCAGUUUCUUUCUCAAUGUGGUGA